GCUCGUUCACAUAGUUUGAAAAACCUAACUUCAAAAAGAAGAAAAAAAAUCUUUUGAAAUUUUAAAUUGUGUGUUACAAGCUCAAGCAAUUCAGUGUAGCUUAAAAUAACGAUCAGUGUCCUAACCAAUGCACGAUUUAAUUUUUUAAAAUUAUUGUAAACGCGCUAUUCUUAUUUUGUGUGCGAUGAUCUGGAGUUAAAAGUGAUAGAUCCAAAUCAGAGAAGUUUCUACCGAUCAACUUCAGAUGUCUGUGUGCUAUUGUGAAACAUUAACAGUCUAGCAAGUUAAAACAGUGUGUUAGGGAAGCGGAUGUGGCUACGGACUGAAGGUCGUUUAUUUGGCGUUGUUUUCGUGUUGUUCAAUGUUCUGCUUGCCAUCUUCAACGUCCUUAAUUACAAAGUUACUUCAAGAACCACCGUCCCUUGUGUCGUCAUCGUUGCGCCGACUCCAGCACCACCACAGCGUAAAGUACCACCUACACCUUUGCGCCAACGCGUUGCACCAGUUCCAACUGUCACAAUCUCUCCCUCUUUAUCAUGGACAGAGACUAUAGGAGAAAAUGCGUCCAUCACUACACCGCACACUCGAAAAAUCGAUAUUCGCAAUGCAACAGAGAAAGAAGUGACCCUGUCAGCCAACGUGUCUUCUGUGUGGGAUUCCGAACAAAGAGACAAAUACACAAUCGUCAAAAGAUACAUUCCAGCAGAAGGUCCAGAACCAGGGUAUGAAGAAAGUGUCACACUCUGUACUCAAGGAACUUACGAAUUCCUGCAACAUGUACCAGUAUUAUGUGAGAGAUGGGAAGGACCCGUGUCCGUAUCCGUGUACGCCCCGGGGACAGACCUACCAGUGGCUAUAAGGAAGAUCAUUUUUCUUCGGAACUGUGGCCCUCCAUGUGUUCGUGUGAAUGUCACGUGGCAUUUAGUAUUCGAGACAUCCCUGGCUCCCGAACAGUUGGAGUCACCGUGGGAAGCAGGUGAAAUGGCUGAUUAUGAGCCUUUGGACUGUUCUGCUGGCACAAAACCUCUGCAGCUAAUUUCGGAAAUUCGAGGUUCCAAGAAACUUCCGUACCCUAUCAAUGUAGCUCGAAAUGUUGCUCGGCAUUUAGCCCGAACGAAGUAUGUUCUAGCCUCUGAUAUAGAACUCUACCCUAGUUCACACAUUGUGCCCAGAUUUCUGAGGUUAGUGAACCACCUAGAUAAAGAGAACGAGGGAAAACAAACUCGGAGACACGUCUUUACACUUCCAAUAUUCGAGAUAAAGAAAGAGUUUCCAGCACCAAAAACGAAAGCGGAAUUGGUGAAGAGGGUGAGAGAUUCUCAGGCGAUUUUUUUCCACAAAUGGGUGUGCGAUGCCUGUCAAAACUUUCCAAGGCGAGACGAGUGGGUCAAAACCAUACCAGAGGAAGAUUCCCUCGGUGUUUUUCAUAGUACAAAACGCCAAAUACCACGCACUGCAUGGGAGCCUAUUUACAUUGGAACAAAUGAAGAACCUUUUUACGAUGAGAGACUUACAUGGGAAGGGAAAAGGGACAAAAUGUCACAGAUGUUUGAACUGUGUUUACUGGACUAUGAUUUCUACAUUUUAGACAAUGCAUUUCUUGUUCAUGCGCCGGGAAUCAAAACUCUGAGUACUAGCGACCAGAGAAGGCGCGCGCCAUUCAUGCACAAAAACAAUGCAGUGCACAACAAGCUUCUUGCACAAAUGAAGAAAAAAUACGGACCUAGAAAAGGCUGCUGACCACACUUUUCCAAAACAGUUUUUCUAGUCAUGUUUACCUGUGAUCAUUGUGGAAAGUGGGCUGAUAAAUUUUGGGUGCAUUCGGGUGUUUUUUUUUUCUUCCUUCCUUGGUGAACAAAAAACUCUGUGGGAUGACUGUUCAUUGAUUGAAGUUGAAUGACGUCGAAUGAAUAUGCUGCAAAAUUCCGAUUCGACUUCAUAGAUGAACUGGUGAUAGAAUUGGUGGUGCUUUGUUCGGAAUAUGCGUCAUGUGGUUCAUCACUUUUUGUCUUUCAAUGUGAAAGUAUCUUCUAUUUAUUCGAAACAUUUAUGUGAUGCUGUAUCAAACUUUAUGAAGCUAUUGUUUGUUUUAAUGAUAUAUUAAAUGUUUUUAUUUAA